AUGCAAAUCGAAACAUUCGCCAAUGUCAAAACCACCAUUCAAAUUUGUUCCGUGAUUUUAUCAGCAUUUGUGAAUACCGUAUCCAUCUACCUGAUUAUCACUGAAUCCCCAAAAAUUAUGGGUACCUAUCGCCAUUUGAUGACCUAUUUUUGUUGUUGCUCACUUUUGUUUUCUUUGAUCGAUGCGGUCGUUCAACCGAACAUUCAAACCUACAAAAGUGCGUUUUUCAUGGUUGUCGAUGUUAAAAGUCGGCACUUAACUCCUUCUGUGGCUGAAUUCUUCAUAGACCUCCUAUGUGGAUUCAUAGCAGUUACGGUGUAUGGAAUAGCCAUUCAUUUUAUUUAUAGGUUUUUGGCAUUGGAAAGACAAGGCCGUCUUCGAUAUUUCAAUCAUCAAUUUUUGCUUGUCUGGCUCAGUAUUCCAUUGAUUGCCGGUACCAUAUGGUUCAUAGUGACUGGGACCGUUUUUUCCAUGGAUCCAAUAACAACGGAAUAUAUACGAAGCACCGUAAAAGAAUUCUUCAAUUUGGAUAUGGAAGAUGUUGUCUAUGGAGCUGCUGCAUUUUUUCCUCUAGACCAAAAUGGACAAAAAUUCACCAGUUAUCUGGCAUUUUUCGGUUUAUCCUGUUAUCUAACCCUCCUAACAAUUCCAUUCCUCACAAUGCUUAUUUGUGGGUUAAAAAGCUGGAAAAAAGUUCGAUGUCUUCUAGAUCAUGGAGAAUCGGAAUUCGCUAGAAACCUUCAGAUGCAAUUGUACAAAGCACUCAUUGCUCAGACAGUCCUCCCUGUAGUAUUCUUUUACAUCCCGUUUGGAUUCAUAUUCAUCCUCCCAAUUUUCGAAAUUGAUUGCCAAUUUAUGGCUGCACCUGUCACUUUGGUUUUUGCCAUCUAUCCAGCUCUAGAUCCUUUACCAACCUUGUUUUUCGUCGAUUACUAUAGAAAUGCGAUUUGGGGUAAUUUUGGCGCCAAAAACUUGAAUUGUUUGAAUUUUUCAGAAGUUUUCCAAUGCAAAAAAGCGAGAAUUGAAGGGACAGUGGAUGAAUCAGUUUCAAGGAACAUUCAAACCUACAAAAGUGCGUUUUUCAUGGUGGUCGAUGUAAAAGACAGGCAUCUGACACCUUGGGUAGCUGAGUUGUCUAUCAGGAUGUUGUGUGGAUGUAUUGGAGUGACCACAUAUGGAAUGGCGAUUCAUUUUGUUUAUCGAUUUUUCGCAUUGGAGAGAGAAGGCCGUCUUCGAUUUUUCAAUCAGAAGUUUUUAUUUUUAUGGUUCAGUAUUCCAUUGUUUGGAGGCGUCCUUUGGUUUCUGGUGACGGAAUUUACAUUUCCAAUGAACAAGGAGACAACAGAGUAUAUAAGAAGCACCGUAAAAGAAUUCUUCAAUUUGGAUAUGGAAGAUGUUGUCUAUGGAGCUGCUGCAUUUUUUCCUCUAGACCAAAAUGGACAAAAGUUUACAAGUUAUCUAGCUUUUUUCGGUUUAUCUUGUUAUCUAACCCUCCUAACAAUUCCAUUCCUCACAAUGCUUAUUUGUGGAUUAAAAAGCUGGAAAAAAGUUCGAUGUCUUCUAGAUCAUGGAGAAUCGGAGUUCGCUAGAAACCUUCAGAUGCAAUUGUACAAAGCGCUAAUUGCUCAGACAGUCCUCCCUGUAGUCUUCUUUUAUAUCCCAUUUGGAUUUAUCUUUAUUUUUCCGAUUUUCGAAAUUAAUUGCCAAUUUAUAGCCGCACCGAUCACUUUGGUUUUUGCCAUGUACUCGGCGAUUGAUGCUUUGCCAACCCUAUUUUUCGUUGAUUACUACAGAAAAGCAAUCAUAGGUUUGAAGGGAGUUUGGGUUACUGUACCUACUAAUUUCAGGUGUGUUGGAUUGGUUUCGGUGUAA